AUGUUAGAACCUGAAUUCAAGGCAGUUUUGAAGCCUACCAUUUUCCGAGAGUACAUCAAUGGAAGUUUAGAUGAUUAUCCUGCGGGCAUGAUCAACGACAACAUGAAAGAAUUCCACUUCAUUCUGGGCUUUGCCACAGAUACGUAUGUUAAUGGAAAAGGCACAGGAGUAUUCACCCGCACUUGGAACUUUAAAAACUUAGGCCCAGCACAAGUGUUGAAGCUCAUUGUAGAGCAUAGGAAUGUGAAAGUGGUAAUAAGCAUAGGAGGCCAGGGCCCUGAAGAUGUAUUCAACCCUCAGAAUAGAGACAUCUGGAUUGCGAACGCCAAAUCAUCAAUCAAAGAUCUCAUCCUAGAUUACAAGAUUGACGUCGGAUCAGACGGCAUUAGCACGACUUACGGUAUUGAUAUUAACUAUGAAAACAUCGAUUCCAGUGUGGAUGACUUUGCCUACUGCAUAGGGAACGUCAUACAACAACUCAAGGAAGAUGAGGAUCUUUCCUACUCCAUGUGUGUGGUGUCCAUUGCUCCAACAGAGGCUCUCCAACGCUACUACCUCAGACUGUAUCUCAAAAACAAAGACAAGAUUGAUUGGAUUAACUACAAGUUCUAUAAGCAGAGUUUUGACUCAGAGAUCGAGUUUGUUAAGCUCUUUAAAAGACUAGUUUAUGAAUAUGGUGCACCGUUUAAACUCUUGGCAGGAGUUAGCACCGAUACAAUUACAAGUAAAUCGUAUGCAAUGACAACCGAAUUCUUUGUUAAGGGAUGCACAAUCCUACUUAAUACUGCAUCACUAGCUGGAGUUUUUGUUUGGGAUGCUAACUCGUCAGCUCCAAGAUAUUCACUUGAGGAACAGAUUCAAAAACUCUUUACUAAAAAGUGA